CUGGAGUAUCUGAUCCAGGCCACAAAUGAGACAAACGUCAACAUUCCGCAGAUGGCUGAUACUCUGUUUGAGCGAGCAACAAACAGUAGCUGGGUGGUUGUGUUCAAAGCCUUAGUUACGACGCAUCAUCUAAUGGUUCAUGGCAAUGAGAGGUUCAUUCAGUAUUUGGCAUCUAGAAACACGCUAUUCAAUCUCAGCAACUUUUUGGACAAAAGUGGAUCACAUGCUUACAUUACUCAGACCAACACUACAGUGACUGUAUACAUCCAAAACAUGAAGAGCAGCUCGCCUAAGAACUAUACUUUUGGAGGCUGCACUUCAUCCGGCAAUGUCCUCAGCGGCCUCACAGUCCUCUUCCAUGCCACAGCCUCCUCUCAAGAGGAUGCUGAGAAGUCCUUGAAAAAGCAUAAAUCUAAGGAACACAUCAACAAAGACCCCUCAGCGCUGAAGGGAGGAUCCUAUGCCUGCCAUUAUCCUUCCUACUCAAGGUCUCUGACGCCUCGCUGUGACCCCUAUAGAGUAUCGCGGGACACUGAUCUCUGUCCCCGUCACCUGACCAUGUCUCAUAGUAGACAUUCGCUUUCUGAUGCCUCGGUGCACUCCUUGGUGCUUGACCAACACCGUGAUGCAUCGACUUCAGCAGACGCCCCAAAGCGUUCUCCAUCAGAACCUCGGUACCGUCCUCCUAUUGAUGUUAAACCGUCUAUAGGUGCAUCUCAGCAUAUUCGGUCACUGUCUCCGGAUUCGGUCUCUGACCGCUCCAUCUCGGGUGACUUGGACCCCGAUGUCAUCUUGAUCGAGGAUGAUGGCCCUCGCGCAGGUUCUCUUUCACCUACUGAAGGUCCAAAAGCUUACUUGGAACUCAUAAGUAGAAUGGCGACUGCCUUUCAAGUUCAUCCAAAUGAGCUGACAAAUGGUGUCAUAAAUGCUGCAUUUAUGCUUCUCUUCAAAGAUCUCAUCAAGCUUUUUGCUUGCUACAAUGAUGGAGUUAUUAACUUACUAGAGAAAUUUUUUGAAAUGAAGAAGGGCCAGUGUAAAGAUGCUCUUGAAAUCUACAAACGGUUUCUGACGAGAAUGACAAGAGUAUCAGAAUUCCUAAAAGUUGCAGAGCAAGUUGGGAUUGACAAAGGAGACAUUCCUGAUCUUACACAAGUAUUGCUGUCCAGAAUUCUGAGUGAACUGAAAAACAGUGAUGAUAAUGAAAAGUCUCCUUUUAAAGACUGUACAAUUGAUGAACCGGCUCCUAGUAGUCUUAUGGAGACACUUGAACAGCAUCUAAACAGCUUGGAAGGAAAGAAACCUGGGAACAGCUCCGGUGCUCCUUCACCUUUGGGCAAGUCUUCUCCAGCCACAACUGUUACAUCUCCCAAUUCCACCCCAGCAAAAAGUAUUGAUACAUCUCCUCCAGUUGAUCUCUUUGCAACGUCUUCUACAUCAGCUCCAGUCAGUGCUUCCAAAUCCUCCAGCGAUCUUCUAGACCUUCAGCCAGACUUCACAUCAAGUACUGCACAAGCAGCUGCCGCAGCACCUGCAGGUGCAACUUCAUGGGGAGACCUUUUGGGAGAGGACAGUUUGGCUGCGCUUUCCAGCGUUACUUCUGAGCCACAGAUUUCAGACCCAUUUGCACCAGAACCCAGUCCAGCUGCUACUGCUUCAACUACUGAAAUAGCCUCUGCUUCUGCUACAACUACAGCUGGUGCUGCUGCUUCUGAAGUGGAUCUCUUUGGAGAUGCCUUUGCAGCUUCUCCUGGUGAAGCCCCGGCAGCACCUGAAGGGGCAGCGGCACCAGCUACCCCAACCCCUGUAGCCGCAGCUCUUGAUGCAUGUUCAGGAAAUGACCCCUUUGCCCCAUCUGAAGGCAGUGCAGAGGCUGCUCCUGAGCUGGACCUCUUUGCUAUGAAGCCAACUGAGACCAGCGUUCCUGUAGUUACCCCUACAACUAGUGCAGCCACUCCAGUUCCCGCAACUACUCCUACUCCAGCUGCGGCUGCUGCUCCUGCAGCCCCUGCUACAACUGCUGCCACUACUACCAUUACCACCACUGCUACCACGUCUGCUACUACUACCACUACUACCACCACCUCUUCUGCUCCUCCUCCUGCUCUAGAUAUCUUUGGUGAUUUGUUUGAGUCUACAUCAACUGAAGCCCCUGCAGCACCUAAGCCAGAUGCUACUCCUAGCAUAGAUCUGUUUGGUACAGAUGCUUUUUGCUCUCCACCAACUGGAGCUUCUCCUGUGCCUGAGAGUUCUCUCACUGGUGAUCUGUUAUCUGUGGAUGCAUUUGCAGCACCAUCGCCCCUGCCCACUGCUUCCCCAGCUAAAGUGGAUCCGUCAGGUGUGAUUGACCUAUUUGGUGAUGCUUUUGGAAGUAGUGUUCCUGAACCCCAGCCUGCAUCCCAAGCAGCUUCUGGCUCCUCUGCUUCUGCUGACCUGUUAGCUGGCUUUGGAGGUUCUCUUAUUGCCCCAUCUCCAUCACCUUCCCCUGUUACACCAGCCCAGGCUAGUCUACUUCAGCCCAAUUUUGAAGCAGCUUUUGGAGCAACUCCUUCCCCAUCCCCUGCUGGCAGUUCAUUUGAUCCCUCAGUGUUUGAUGGCUUAGGUGACCUCCUUAUGCCAACCAUGAUGCCAUCCGGUCAAUCCUUACCCACUUCAGGCACAUCCAGUGCUGCUGCUUCAGCUGCAACCAAAGGCCUUGGGAGUGAUCUUGAUUCCUCUCUUGCGAACUUAGUAGGAAAUCUUGGAAUUUCUGGUACCACAUCAAAGAAGGGAGACCUUCAGUGGAAUGCAGGAGAGAAAAAGUUAACAGGAGGAGCCAACUGGACACCAAAAGUAGCACCUGCCAUGUGGUCAACCGGAGUUCCUCCAAGUGGUCCAAUAGCAGGAUCUGUGCCUCCAGCAGGUGCUGCUGCUCCUACAUCGGGUGCCCCCUCUGCACAGCCUGGAUCAGGAUUUGGAAUGCAACCACCUGGAGCAGGUGUUCCAAUGAUGUCACAGCAGCCAGUUAUGUAUGGGCAGCCUAUGAUGAGGCCUCCAUUUGGAGCAGCUGCAGGAUCUGGUGCACAACUCUCUCCAAGCCCGACACCUGUCACUCAGAGUCCCAAGAAACCUCCAACAAAGGACCCAUUAGCGGAUCUUAACAUCAAGGAUUUCUUAUGA